AUGUCUACACCCAUUUCAGCGUCUUUCUGGGGUUCCCCUACCGCUUCUAAACGCGCUCUGCUCAUCCAUGGGUUGACUAUGUCCUCGCAAUCAUGGGAGGGCAUCGCUCGACUAUUAGUAGCAGAAGGGUUCUUUGUCGUCGCGCCGAAUCUUCUCGGACAUGCAUGGAGACGGGGCACUGAUUAUCGUGUGUCCGCCCUUGCAGAGGACCUCAGACCAUAUUUCGUCAUGGACACGCACUACGACGUGAUUAUAGGACAUUCCAUUGGAGGCUUAGUGACCUUGUCGCUCUUGCCAUUCUUGCCCAAGACGAAAGAAACCACUGUCAUACUCCUCGAUCCCCCCUUCGAGCGUCUGGAGACAGUCGAAAAGGAGAAGAUCUGGUUUAUGAAGGAGAUUGCAGAUGCCAGAACUGCUGACGAGUACAUGGCCGAGAAUCCAGCCUGGUCUCGGGGUGACAGUAUGUUAAGAGCGCUAGGAAUUGCCAUGUGCGAUCGCACUGCUGUCGAGGAGAUAUUUAAGCAUAACACGCCUUGGUCUUUCAGCGGCCUGUUGAAAAACAUCCCACCUCACGUGAAGAUCACCUUAAUGGUAUCAGAUCCGAAGCCGGGUGGUCUUAGUCAUUUGGAGCACGUCCCUCGUGAAGUGAAGACCAAAGUUUUUAUCGGAAUUAGUCACUGGAUUCAAUACGAGUGUGCGGCCCGUCCUCCGAAUCACAUUAAACAACCAACUCAUCCGAGUAUGAGCACGUCCAUGUCCGCAUCCCGCUGGGGCUCCCCUACCGCUUCCAAACGCGCUCUGCUCAUCCAUGGGUUGACCAUGUCCUCGCAAUCAUGGGAGGGCAUCGCUCAGUUAUUAGUAGCAGAAGGGUUCUUUGUCGUCGCGCCGAAUCUUAUCGGACAUGCAUGGAGACAGUGCACUGACCCUCAUGUAUCCACCCUUGCAGAGGACCUCCGACCAUAUUUCUCCAUGGACGUAUCCUACGACGUCAUUAUAGGUCACUCUCUUGGGGGCUUAGUGACCUUGUCGCUCUUGCCAUUCUUGCCCAAGACGAAAGAAACCAUUGUCAUACUCCUCGAUCCCCCCCUCGAACGUACUGCGGAGCAAUUCAAAGAAGAUAAAAUCAGGUUUAUGAAGGAGAUUACGCAUGUCAGAUGUACUGACGAACACAUGGCUGAGCAUCCUGCUUGGUCUCGGGGCGACAGCAUGUUAAGAGCACUGGGAGUCUACAUGUGCGAUGGCACUGUCGUCAAAGGGAUAUUUGAGCAUAGCGGGCCAUAUUCUUUCAGAGGCCUGUUGAAAAACAUCCCACCUCACGUGAAGAUCGCCUUGUUGAUGUCUGAUCCAGAGUUCGGUGCUAUUUGUCAUUCGGAGAACGUCCCUGUUGACGUGGCGAGAUUGAAUGUAAAAGUUCUUGACGGAAUCGGUCACUGGAUCCAAUAUGAGCUUCCGAAGGCUAUUCUGGAUGAACUUCCCCUACCAAGAGCAAAACUGUGA